AUGAAGUCGUUCGUUACCUUUGCGGGCUUGGCCUUUGCCAGCUUCGCUGCCGCUGGCCCCUGCAGGCCUCGCACCACAACCACUGCUGCUGCCGUCUCCUCCACUGAGGUCCCUUCCUCCACUGGCACCGAGACUGCUGCUGGUUCUACCAGCACGGACUACUCCGUCCCUGUUGUCUCUGAGAGCUCCACUCUCGCUACUGUGAUUGUCUCGGAGACUAGCGCUACCGAGACCAGCGCUGCUGAGACAGGCACUACUACUGCCGAGACAAGUGCUGCCGGUACUACUACAGCUGAGACAAGCGUUGCUGACACCACCACUGCUGCUACCACCACUGCCGAGGGUACCACCACCGCUGCUGAGACUACCACCGCUGAGGGCACCACCACUACUGCCGAAGAGACUUCCACUGCCGAGGGAACCACCACCACCGCCGAGGAGACUACCACUACUGCUGAGGCUACUACUACUGAGGCCGAGACCACCACCGCCGAGGAGACUACUACCACUGCUGAGGCUACUACUACCGAGGCCGAGACCACCACCGAUGCCGCAACCACCACCACUACCACUGCUGAGCCCACCGCAGACCAGUCUUGCGAUAACGCCGGUCUGGAGUACGCCAUCUACACCCACGAGUUCUACAACUCUGAUCCUCCCCACUUCUCCUCCUUCAACCCCUCCUUCUUCCAUACCGCCACCCCUACCUAUAAAGGCGAGACCACCCGCAUCGGUAUCGCCCCAGGCACUCACUCCGACACCGUCUUCGCCAUCUACGACGGCAGCCCCGAGCAGCUCUGGCAGUACAAGGCCGUCAACCACCGCGCAUACCUCUACGCCCCUGAGAGCGGUGACUACGUCGUCACCAUCCCCAACUCUGAUGAGAUCACCCUCAUCUGGUUCGGCGACAAGGCCCUUCAGGGCUGGACUCGCGCCAACGCCGAUCUCGAGCAGGACUACCCCGGUGGCACUUCCAAGACUUUCACCAUUCACCUUGAGGCUGGCACUUAUACUCCCUUCCGACUUCUGUGGGCUAACGCUCAGGGUGAUCUCAACUUCAUCGCUGAGGUCCAGGCUCCUGACGGAAAGGUCAUUGUCAAUGGCGAUGGUAGCGACAACAAGUACUUUGUUCGCUUCGCCUGUGAUGAGAGCACAACUCCUUUCCCUGAGUUUGGCUAUGGUGGUUAA